GAGAUACCGGGUCCCCAACCCCCCAUUCUUUCCUGCGGGGUGUAUGCCCCCGGCCCUCCAUCCUCACUGCACCCCUCCAGGGGCGCCUCCUCUGACAGUCUUGGGCUUCAGCCCCGUUAUGUAAUCAGACCGUGGGCCUGUUUGGAAUCUUAGCCAGCAUCAGAAGAAAAUGAUGAGGAAGCAUGAAAAGCAAAAAGGUGGCAAAGAACACUCAGAAAAUCCUGGCGCAGAGCAAAUGAAAAUCAUGACCAAACACUUUACAUGUUAAAAAAAGAAAAGCCAGCCGCCUCCAUCAAGAACCCGAGUGCUCCGGGGAGACAUGGCAGGCCGGAGGGACAGAGACCCAGGCUCAGGCACGGAGGUGAAGGGAAAUGAAAACUAUCAAAGAAAUGAAAGCAAAUUAAAAGUGCGCAGGCAACGGGAGUGGCGUGGGUGAGCCGCGUGAAUGAAGGAGCUAGCAGGGUCGGGGGGGGGUCUGGAUGAAAAGUCCAACUCCCUAAAGAAGGAAACCAAUAAAAAAAAAUUUAAGAUAUAAAUCAGGGAAAGUUCCCAGAAAUGAGAGAACUCGAAGCUGCAGUUAGAAGGACACGCUGUACCGGGAAGAGUGACUGCGGGGCAGGCAGAGAUUGUUGCUCCCGACCUUCACAUGCGCAGCGUUAUCUGGCCAGGACGCAGCUUCUCAAAGGGGGGUGUUGGCUGCUCCCCAGCAUGGGACAGUACGUUUGACCCAAAGAGUCUAUACGGAAUGAAAGGUCUUUUUAAAUUAAAAGGCCAAGCAUGCUUUUAAAUGGAAGAAAUCGAGAAAGAAUAUUCUCCCGAGUCCUUCUGAGGAAUCCAACCAAGGACUAGCUUCAGGCCACCACGAGGAAGCAGUAACUGAUGUGCAGUUUGGCCCCAUGAGAUUUCACCCAGAUCAACUCCAGGUACUUUUAGUGUUUACCAAGGAAGACAGCCAGUGUAACGGGUUCUGGAGGGCGUGUGAAAAGGCAGGGUUUACGUGCACGGUGGCCAAGGAGGCGCAGGCUGCCCUGGCCUGUUUCCGGGACAGACACCACGACAUCGUCAUCAUAGACCACAGGAACCCCCGGCAGCUGGACGCGGAGGCGCUGUGCAGGUCCAUCAGGUCGUCGAAGUUCUCAGAAAACACCGUCAUCGUCGGCGUGGUACGCAGGACCGAUCGAGAAGAGGCCUGCGUGCUGCCCCUCCUGGCUGCCGGCUUUACACGGCGCUAUGUGGAGAGCCCCAGCCUCAUGGCCUGUUACAACGAGCUGCGCCAGCUGGAGCUCGGGGAGGUGCGGUCUCAGCUGAAACUCAGGGCCUGUAACUCGAUAUUUACCGCAUUAGACAAAAGCCAGGAGGCGAUUGACAUUACCAGUGAAGACAACGUGAUACAGUAUGCAAACCCUGCGUUUGAAACCACAAUGGGCUGUCAGUCGGGUGAACUAAUAGGGAAGAAGUUGGCAGAGGUGCCGAUAAAUGAAAAGAAGGCCGACUUGCUCAACACCAUAAACUCCUACAUCAGGAUAGGCAAGGAAUGGCAGGGCAUUCACUAUGCCAAGAGGAAGAACGGGGAUAAUGUAAAGCAGAAUGUGAAGAUAAUACCUGUCGUCGGACAGGGAGGAAAAAUUAGACACUAUGUGUCCAUUAUCAGAAUGUGCAACGGCAGCACUAAGGCUGAGAAAAUAACUGAAUGUGUUCAGUCUGACAGUCACACAGAGCACACGCCCGGCAAGCACAAGGACAGGAGGAAGAGCUCGCUGGACGUCAAGGCCGUUGGCUCUCGAGCAAGCGAAGCCGGCACCCCGCGACGCCACUCGUCCAUUGCCCGCAUCCACUCCAUGACCAUCGAGGCGCCCAUCACCAAGGUGAUCAACAUCAUCAGCGCGGCCCAGGAGAGCAGCCCCAUGCCCGUGACAGAGGCGCUGGACCGGGUGCUGGAGAUCCUGAGGACCACCGAGCUGUACUCCCCGCAGUUCGGGGCCAAGGAGGACGACCCUCACGCCAGUGACCUCGUGGGGGGCCUCGUGUCGGAUGGGUUACGAAGACUGUCGGGGAACGAGCACUUCCUCUCAACGAAGAACGCCCGCCUCGCGGGCCUGCAGCACCUCGCUGGCGCCGUCCUCGCCCCGCUCUCCCCGCACGACGACAUCCCGCCACCCAUCGCUCGGGCCAUGGAAAACGAGGGGUGCUGGGACUUCAAUAUUUUUGAGCUGGAGACCGUCACCCAUAAAAGGCCUUUGGUUUAUCUUGGCCUCAAAACAUUUGCCCGGUUCAGAGUCUGCGAAUUCCUGAACUGCUCGGAGGCCACGCUGAGGUCGUGGUUACAAAUUAUCGAAACAAACUACCAUUCCUCCAACCCCUACCACAACUCCACCCAUUCUGCCGACGUGCUGCACGCCACUGCCUACUUUCUCUGCAAAGAGAGGAUAAAGCAAACUUUAGACCCCGUCGACGAGGCCGCCGCCCUCAUCGCCGCCACCAUCCACGACGUGGACCACCCCGGCAGGACCAACUCCUUCCUGUGCAACGCGGGCAGCCCGCUGGCCGUGCUCUACAACGACACCGCCGUGCUGGAGAGCCACCACGCGGCCCUGGCCUUCCGGCUGACCAUGGGCGACGACCAGUGCAACAUCUUCAAGAACAUGGAGCGGAACGAGUACCGGGCGCUGCGCCAGGGCAUCAUCGACAUGGUGCUGGCCACGGAGAUGACCAGGCACUUCGAGCACGUCAGCAAGUUCGUCAACAGCAUCAACAAGCCCUUGGCGGCGCUGGAGAAGGACGGGGACACGCGCGAGGGGCAGGAAGCCGUGACCGCCAUGCUCAGGACGCCCGAGAACCGGGCACUGGUCAGGCGCAUGCUGAUCAAGUGCGCCGACGUGGCCAACCCCUGCCGGCCCCUGGAGCAGUGCGUCGAGUGGGCCGCCCGCAUCUCCGAGGAGUACUUCGCACAGACAGACGAGGAGAAGCUGCGGGGCUUGCCCGUGGUGAUGCCCGUCUUCGACCGCAGCACCUGCAGCAUCCCCCGGUCCCAGAUCUCCUUCAUCGACUACUUCAUCACGGACAUGUUCGAUGCCUGGGACGCCUUUGUGGACCUGCCCGACCUGAUGCGGCACCUGGACCACAACUUUAAGUACUGGAAGAGACUGGAUGACAUGAAGCUGCGGAGCCUCCGGCCGCCCCCCGAAUAGUGCCGCGCCCCGGCCCGCGCGGUCGCUGGGCCU